AUGACCAUGGAGCAAACCGAACACGAUUUGAAAUCACAAGCUAGAAGAUUGUCCAGGGGAAGACACGGCUCCGGUUAUCCCUGGCAAAUGUCCGGUUGGACCCCGAGGCUAUCGGCCGACGGAACGAGUGCGAGUGACCCUUACUGCAGAAAACCUAGUCCAAGACUAUCGCAUUCCGUUCCUCACAGCCACGAGCAAAGGAGGCUCGAUUACGGGAUGACGGCGGAACCGGUGACGAGUUGUUACUCGUCUUUGAAUACUCACAGACAGAAAAAUCGAGCUCUAACUUCCGUCGCACCGAAAUUCUCAUCGUACGUCCCAACUUCUGAUCAAACUCACCGGUCAUCUCGUCACGCCGAGCGAAUGACGCGUAACAAAUUGUUGACGACCAACAACGUUGCCGUGGUCAGGAAACCCUGCUACAAGGACGAGCCCGAAGAAUACGAGGAAGAUGAUGUCAACUAUCCCGAUGAAAAUGCCGACGAGGAAGCUCCGGGCGAAGCUGACGAGGAUCAGGACGAGGCUUACGAAUUCAAUGACAAGGAUUACGAAGAACAAGAAGCUGACGACGAGAUCGACGACGAAUCCGAUGCUUUUCAAGCUCAGCUGCAACGCAUGCAAAACAAGACACACCUGAAACCUACGAGUCACAGAUCCCAAGGUUUGCGGCACGCGGAAAAUUGCACUUCGACCGAUCUCAGAAAACUGCGCCAUCAGCAGCAAAUUCAUAAAAUGUUCCAGGAUCAAAAGAUACCGAGACACUACCCUCAACCGUUGGAAACUCAGCAAACGAUCGCGCACGACGUUUCGUACGGCGAUGCUGCCGACGUACUUUCCGACGAGGAGCGCUUACCGCAUUCGAGAAGAUCAUCCCGCGGGAUGUCGGACUCUAAUCAAGCGAUGAACUCGUGGUUUCCGCCCCGUAAAUCGCUCGAGAGAAAUCGAGAACGUCUCGUCCCGCCGGCGGUCACCGGGCAACACGAACAACGCCAGCAUGUUCAUCCGCAACAACAUUUGCAGCACGAGCACCGUCAGCAGCAGCGAUUCGCGCAGCAAUCUAGAAAAUACAGAUCGACCAAACCAGAGUUGGAAUCUCUGAUGAUGCCUGCGCCCGCCCGAUCGAAUCCCCAGUCCAAAAAAUGCUGCAUCUGCGAAGGAUCCACGGAGCCCGUUAUGAUGAAAGUAGGAACUCCGGGGAAAGGGAAUUGCAGACUCCAAGAGUGCAGGGGAUUCACCGUCAAAGGACCGACAGGUGAGGACGGAGAAGCCGAAGAGCAGGUCGUUUGCGCCCGUUGCGCGAGGCGACACAACAUGGAAGAUUUUCAAUCGGGGUGCGAGGCGCCGGUGCCCGAAGGCAACGCUAAUUCUUACGGGAGCAAAUCCCACCGUUCGAGACAACAUCAUCGAUCACCGACUUACGAGUGUAACGCGGAGGACAACAAUCAAAGCCUAGAUGACGUAUACUCGUCCAGACAACUGCAACCCAACGAUACCGUUGAUUACCGAACUCUUGUACCCAGGGAAAGAACUCGACAUUCCGUGCAGUCGGCGAGAAGUCCAUUCCGCGGAACUCGUUACGGCUAAUCGAAUCCAACUGGACUUGUUGUGAUUCUCAUAAAUUUUUAGUAUAACAUUUCAUCAGAAUGAAAUCGAGCGUGUCUCGCGCGGCUUAUUUCCGUGGGUGAUAGAUGAGAUCUGGAGCUCCGUCUCCGGAUUGAAACCACUUACUUACGUAUAUAUUUGAUCGCGUUUAUUUUCCUUGUCAAUUUGUCCUAUAAUAUUGUCAAAAAUCAUAAUCGAGGGGCUGAUAUUAAGUUGAUCUCAAUUACUUUUCCGUCUAUUAUGUAUACGUAUAUAGGUAAUUAUACGUGAUAGGUGGGACGAUUCGGCGGUUCUCUAUCAUUGUUCUCUUCACCUUGAUUUUCGUGCGAAAUAUUUUUAUAAGCGUCGCCCCGCAAUGUAAUAAUUUCAAAUAAAUUUAACAAGAAAAUUAUCAGUAUUAUUGUGUAUAUAUGGUAUAUAAUGAUAAUAUUAUUAAUUGUAAUACUAAUGACGACGAUAAUACUAAUGGGAUGAGUGCAGCUGCAAUCAAGGCGGUGUACUCGCGUCUAUGUCCUAUAAAUAUAUACCUACUUGUAUCAUAACGUCAGUGAAGUUCAUAAAAGUAAAUCGAAGAUGUUUAUCGAGUUUUCCCAUCCUAUUUAUUAAAUAUUAUAAUAGUAGAUCCUUCUUUGCCUGACAUACAUGGAAGAAAAUAAAAAUAAAUGAAAUUGUUUGUAAAUAUGAAUUGAAACAAAAAAUA